UCCAAAAUGGCGGCCGUGAAUGGUGAAAGCGUGCGCGAUGAAUCUCAAGAAGAAUCGUCAACCUGGACGCAUGAAAAGGAGCUCAAAUUGUUUGAAAAAGUCGAUGAAUACUUGGCAGAUGGUGAAGAAAGGAAAGAAAUUUACGUUAAAGAUAUUAAAUGGAGUGAUAUUGCAUUCGAUAAUUUCACCACAGACGAGGUUCACAAACGCUGGAGAAUCUUGACGUUACGGGUCAGAAAAAUGAGAAAUGCUAAAGAGAUUCUCGAGGAUGCGAAGCAAAGGGCGGUAGAUAAACACGCCAAUGCAGGAUCUAGGAAAAGAAAAAUAGAUGAUGCGCUCCCAAAAGCACCCUUAUCAGCCUAUCUCCUAUUUAGCAAGGAAAGACGACCGCAGAUGGCCGAGAAAUACUCAGAUCUGAACAAUAAGCAAUUGCUGGCCAAAAUUGGUAAGAAGUGGAGGAAGCUCAGCGCAGAAAAGAAAAAAAAGUAUCACGACGAUUACUUGGAGAAUAAAAAGAAAUACGAGAGCGCAUUGAUGCAGUAUUUCAUUGAAAACUUUCCAGAAGAAAAGGCUCCCAAGACCGCAUUUGAAUUUUGGUCUUCUAAGAUGAAGAAAGAAAUCAAAGAAGAGCAUCCCGACAUAUCGGAUAAAAAGUUAAAUAAAAAGCUCAGAAAGAGAUGGGAGAGGCUAGAAGAUGAAGAGAAGGAAGAGUGGGAGAAAAAAUCUAAACAAGAGAUGGAUAAGUAUCUAAGAAAAAUGAGAAAGCGAGUCAGAGUUUGAAAGGAAAUGUGGAAAGAUUUCAGCCCUGUACCAUUCCAAAAC